AAAGAAAUGGACGCUAACGAUGUCGAUAAAUUGAAUCUUCAAGCGCAAGAAAACAAUUUUACUUUGCAAUAUUUCGGGACAAACGCAGAAGAUUGUUCUGAUGUUAUUUUCAAUCAGUGUAUUAAAAACUUUUCUGACCUGAUCCCAGAAACGAUCAAUUCUUUGGAGAACUGUUUUCCAGGGGUUUACACCCAAGAUGAGAUAAAUAACUGUCUACAACAGUUUAUACAACGUUUCUACCGCUCUUUAGAACUUAAUUCUGACAUAUUUCACAAAUACUGCAAGCAAUAUAUCUUCAACAUACCACGUGGUACCCUGCUGCCUAUGUGUGCAGUACAAAAACAUUAUGCAGAGCAGAAAUUGGUUUGUGAUAGCGAAAAUUCUGUAGACGCUGCAACAAAACUGGAGCAAAAAACUUCCGAAACAAAAGAAUCAAUCAGAGAAUUAAAGUUUGAAAAUUCUGCACGAAGACAACAUCUUGCAGAAUUAGAAAAACUUGAAAAAUCCCUCGAUUCAUUUAAUUCUAAACUAACAGAAGUCGAAACUUUUGAUUUAUUUUUCGAAGAAACUUUUGAAUCUGUCAAGCACUUAAACCAGUGCAUGAAAAGUGUUCAAAAUUAACUUUUGUUGUACUUUAUUUCAUACUUUUGUUACCAUGCUUGGAUAAGAAGGGGUUGGUUUUCAAUGUUUUAAAAUUACUAAAUGUUUUUUUUACUAUAAAUAUAUAUAUAUAAGGUUUGCUUUUGUUUCUAUUUAAAAAUUAAGGUGUACACUUUUACAGUAACUGUUAUAUAAAUAGGUUCUGCAAAAAGCGAGUAGUAGAAAAUUAUCAAUUUAAAAAUGCAACAGCAACAGCAGGAUGAUCUCGUGGUCAAGUUGGUAUUGGUUGGAGACGGUGGUGUUGGUAAAACCACAUUCGUGAAGCGACAUUUGACGGGAGAAUUCGAGAAGAAAUAUGUGGCUACACUUGGUGUGGAAGUUCACCCCAUCGUGUUUCAAACUCAACGUGGGCGAAUUCGUUUCAAUGUUUGGGACACGGCUGGUCAAGAAAAAUUCGGGGGAUUGCGUGAUGGUUACUACAUACAGGGUCAAUGCGCGAUCAUUAUGUUCGAUGUAACAUCCAGAGUUACCUACAAGAACGUCCCUAAUUGGCAUAAAGAUCUUGUGCGAGUUUGUGAAGAUAUUCCUAUUGUCCUGGUUGGAAAUAAGGUUGACAUAAAGGACCGCAAGGUCAAGGCAAAAGCCAUCAAUUUCCAUCGUAAGAAGAACCUUCAAUACUACGAUAUUUCUGCCAAGUCAAACUACAACUUUGAAAAACCAUUCUUGUGGAUGGCUCGCAAACUCAUGGGCGACCCCAACCUUGAGUUCUGUGCCAUGCCAGCAAUGCUUCCUCCCGAGGUGAAACUGGACGACAACCUCAUGAAACAAUACGAAGAGGAACUCCAAAACGCCCAGCAAUGCUCACUCCCCGACGAAGACGAUGAUUUAUAAACUGAUAAAACCGCACCCGUAUUCAUUCGUUCAUGUCCCCACAACCAGUGGCACAUUGUUAGUUGCAUUUCUUUUGAUCCCUGCCAUAAAACCAGCUAUAAGUUCAUUGCUCUCUUUUAUUUUCGUUGCGCCCACCCAACCUUGAACAUACCUGGAUAAUAAAAACAAUAAGCUUCGUA